AUGGUGUCGGGGAAGUACUGCUUUGAUGAGGAAUCUUUUUCGGAAGAGACGUUUGAUGUGGGAACCUUUUUGGAGAAUUACCGUACACGCAACCCUAUGGAAACUAUCUACCAGGAUUUAAAGCAAUUCCAAGCAGCGCUGGAAAACCAACUUGUGUCUAUUAUCGACAAGGAUUACGCCGAGUUCUUGCAGCUCUCAUCCAAGCUCAAGGACGUAGACGAAGCCGUCUCCAGCGUACGUGCUCCCAUUCUGGUAGUGAUCGAUCGUGUUGAUGAUGUGCAACAUACUAUGAAAGCUUUGCAUAGCAAAAUCCAAAGACAUUUGCAAAUGGCAGACGACCUGCAUCAGCAAAAAAAAGACUUGCAGCUGAGUAUUGAGAUAUCACAGAAACUGCUGCUGCUAGAAGAUUUGCUACAGAUCGAGUUGCAGCUGCAAUGCGAUGAUAAGACGCUGGAACUGAGCUUGGGGGGGCAAAAUAGGCCACUUGAUCUUGACGAAGAUAGCGACAUUGAAUUUGAAAAUUUUGAGCAAGUGAAAAAUUCCCUCUUUGUCGCAAACACAGUCGAGAGCUGCGCGAAGCUUGAGCGCGCGGCGCAAAUUUUCAUCCAGCUGGAUCUUGAGCUCAUAAAGGUCACGCAUCUUGACACUUUUCAGAACGCGGAAAAACGUCUUGCUGUAAUUGAAGAAACGCUUUUGCAUCGAUUAGAGACGGAGUUCACGACCGAGAUUUUUCCUGAUACGUUUUAUGAUCGUGACCAUGCUUUUAGUGCGGUGACAUUGAGUUUCUUGCUGCGAGCAUACGUGCUUCUUAACAAGAGUCGUAUCCCUGAAGAAAUGAUAACGCGAUUGAUUGUUCAGCCAUUCAUUGAAGAACAUUUGACGCGCAGUAAACUCGACGGUAGAAUUCGCGGCUCCUGUGAAGGUAUAGCUCAUAUUUAUGAGUCCAUUCUACACUUUAUUACUAGCAAAUUUUCGGCUACGCUUGCGCUACCAAUAUGUCAGGUGGAUAGCAAAUGCUCAGUGGACAUUCUUGGAAACGCAAUAUGGAAGCCGAUUCAGGAGCAUUUGUCGACAAAGCACGAAGUUAUAUUUCAGGCCGCUGAUUCUUGGCGUUUUCACCAAUGCUACACGAUGAGUAUGCGAUUUCUUGCUGACGUUGAGGAUCGCUUUUGCACCAGUGAAAUCGUGAAGAUUCGUUUUAGAUCACACGAGAGCGUUGUGCAGUUCAAGGAAAAGUGGAAUAUUGAAGUCUACUUUCAACUUCAAGCUGUAAAAUUGGCUUCAAGUCUAGAAAAGUCAAUUGGUAUCAAGCGUGACAAUUUAACGUUUUCAGACGCGCAAAAUAGCACGAUAUGCUCAGAUGGCGCAUUGGGACUGACUUUUGAGAGCUCAAAAUGUUUGUGGCAGGCAAUGCACGACUGUUGGAGCGACCAUACAUUUCUUGCACCACUGCUUUCUAGCUUUUGCAAACUCUGCGUUCAGCUUUUAACCUAUUACAUUGACAUUUGGACAGAGCCAUUGUUAACUACCGUGGCAGAGAUCAACAAUGGUUCCGUUGUGGAUAUCGAUGCUAUGUCACUGGUAGUUUUGCCAUCCUAUGAAGAUGUUUUGUUUGCUGCGAGUGACUUCCACUUACUCCAUGAGAAGAUUUCAAAUGACCUCCAAAGCAUCGUCGAGAGCCGUAUCUGUGCUUUCAUAGACGACAAUCAUGCCUUUGUGAUUGAUUUAUUUCAAGAGCCGCUAGCGUCUUUGGCGAAUCUCGAAGCCAGCUGUUGGUCUACAGCUGUAACAAAUGUUAUUGCUGAUUGUAAAAAGGUCCUACCUGCAAUUCGCACUGUGAAGGGGCAGUAUCAGAUGACAAACAAACCUUCGCCUUCGACUCCGUCGUCCUAUAUUUCUAACAUCGUCCGGCCUAUACAAGAGUUUUUUAGAACGUGGGGCGUUUACUUCGAUGUAGACAAAAAACAGAAUUUGUUACAGGCCAUUGUUGAGGAAGUCUGUAAUUUUUACUUGACCCUUUCAUUGGAGCUCUUGAGAUCAGCAUCGGAGCUCGAGGAGUCUCUUAGAAGCCGAAAAUUACAGCGGCGCCUUGGCUCCAGCUCAAAUCGUGGCAACAACGUCAUAACCGAUACGGAGAAGAUGCGAAUGCAAUUAUUGCUCGACCUCAAAGCGAUGGAAAGAGAAGUCGUAGCACUGGGGCUGAACGUGCAGCGUUGCGAAGUACUGCAAGCUGCUACAUGCAAACUGUCUGAUGUGGGAGAAUCACUUGUACGAUGGAGUCUCUACUUAGCAGUGACGACUCUUUCGCUGCUGAAAAUUGUGGAACUUUCAGUAGAAAAAAAAACUAUUUUGAUGCGAAUCUUUAAGAAUAAGUCCGAGAAGGAGAAUCUCCCAUCCGGUUUUCCCGGGUUGGUAGGCAACACACCGAUGAUAGAGCUCACCAGUUUGUCUAAGGCUACUGGAUGCAAAAUUCUGGCCAAAGCAGAGUUUUUAAAUCCGGGCGGCAGCUCCAAGGAUCGAAUUGCGAAAUGCAUUAUUGAGGAUGCUGAGCGUCGGGGGCUUUUAAAAAAGGGUGGAACUAUCAUUGAGGGUACUUCAGGUAGCACGGGAAUCAGCUUGUCACUUAUCGCGCGAGCCCAUGGAUACCGAUGCAUCAUUGUUAUGCCUGACGAUCAAGCGAAAGAGAAAAAACAAUUACUGGAAUUGUUUGGUGCAGAGGUCAUUCUGGUGAAGCCGACAUCCAUUGUGAACGCCAAACAUUUUGUGAACGAAGCCAAGCGUUUGGCACGAAAUAUUAAAGGAGGCUACUUUAUCGAUCAGUUUGAGAAUACAGCAAAUUUCGACAGCCACUAUACCACGACUGGUCCCGAAAUUUGGCGGCAAACACAAGGUAAAGUUGAUGCUUUUGUAAUGGCUGCAGGAGGCACUAUCGCUGGAACAUCAGCAUAUUUAAAAAAGCAAAAUCCGAGGAUACGCGUCUUUCUUGCUGAUCCCCCAGGAUCGAGUUUGUAUAACAAGGUGCGAAGUGACGUCUGCUAUGCUUCCCAGCAGGCUGAAGCCAAGGUGCGACGACACAGAUACGACACCAUCGUGGAAGGUGUGGGUAUCGACCGAUUGACCAAAAAUUUCAUGCUCGCUAAGAUUGAUGACGCGUUUAAAGUAACGGACCAAGAAAUCGUAGAGAUGUCUCGUUUUUUGUUGCGUGAAGAGGGCAUUUUUGUGGGUAGCUCGAGCGGACUUAAUUGCGCUGCUGCUGUGCGCGCUGCGCACAAGCUCGGUCCUGGUCACACCAUCGUGACGAUUCUGUGUGAUUCAGGUCAGCGUCAUCUUACAAAGUUCUGGGAUGAAAAACAUAUUCGCGAGAAGUGGCAAUUAGAGGCCAAGGCCACUCAUCUCGAAUUUCUUGACGGCUCUACUGGACAACCCUAG